CACAUGCGCACAUCGAUCGCUGGAUUCUGAGACUCGUCGCUAACCGCUAGUGUUGGCAACAAGAUUAUACGCCGCUACAUCGAUAGUUUACGAUCGAAGGCCUCCCCUCCGGUUUUUUAAAUAAAAUCAUGUACAGGAUUUUUUUUUUUCUAGUAUUGAACCGACGACACCGCGGGGUCUGUUUUCGCAUGCGCGGUAACUACCCGGGACCUGGGUAUCGAUUUCAAUAUUGCGCGGCCUGCGUACGGCGACGGGUCGGUGUGCGCCAGUGUACACUCGGCCGUACGGUGUACGCUUUGUCUCUGCGCUUCGUCCGUACGCGGGCACACGAGUAAUAUUCACACACAAUAUUCUUCAUCCGCGAGACGUUGGCCACUGUCCACGACCUGUGGCCGAGCAGCAGGUUUCAGGGAGUCUUGCCGGUGCUGUGAAGGUCCACUGAUGGCGUCUGGUAACAGUGGUGUUGCGCACGACACCGGAGAAGCGAUGGAUGUUCAACCGCAGCACGAAGAGAAACCGACAUCGUCGUCAAUGUCCAUCAGCACCGCAGAGCCAAUGGAAAUUACCGACACAACAAUUGAUUCAGAUGUCAAUGAAAAAACUAAAAAUACACCAACAACUUUGGACAGAUUUCCUAAGUAUGUGGAUUGUUAUGAAACAUUGGUGGAACUGGCUUAUUUUAAAUGGAUAACUGGUUUUCGGUUGGAAUGCCGUAAGAUUUCACGUUUUGUUAAGACAGAACUUUUUUUUGGGUUAUUCUAUUUGUUUUGUAAGAUUAUACCACAAGAUGUUAGGGGAUGCAGAAAUAAAAUUAAUAAAUCAUCUCUUGUGAAAUCUUAUCUAGAACAAUCUAUGUUGUUUUUUCGAGGAUACUAUAAAACCAUAAAAAAAGAUAAAGGGGAUACUUUGGAUGUUAUAUAUUAUGACGGAAUGAGUUCAAUGGUGGCCUAUUACAUAGAUUUGGAUUUAAUGUCAAAUCAACGUUUUAAAGAAAACCCAUCUCACAUAAAAAUUUCAAGUAAAAUAAAUACAAUGUUAUUUGGUUUUUUAGAUCAGAAAAUUGAAUACAUAUUUGAUUCGGUAUUUCAAUUAUUUUAUUUAUUUAAUGUUAAAUGUAUGCCUAAUGUAGAAUCAAUAAUGCUUCCAGUUUGUAGAAAGUUACUAUCUAAUCAUCCAAUGCCCAGAAAAAUAAAUUUUCUAACUUACAUGAGAUACAUUUUAUGUUUUAAAUUGUGGAAAAGAUUAAUUAACAACUCAUCGAGUAUGGGCGAGUCUGUUAAAAGAAACAAACUGGAGAUUUUAACAAAAUAUUUAGAACAAUUGAAUGUUCCAAAUGAUUUUAUGAGUCAAUAUGAGAAAUAUAAUUGGCCUAACUGGCCUACCUUCCCUAAAUCAAUAAUGUAUUCAAAUAAAAAGCAACAUUCAUCACAGAUAGAUUUAAAAAAAAUUAGUCUUUUUUUAUAUGAUGAAAAUUUUCCAAUCAAGAAGUGCUACAAGGAUAUAUUGAAUGCUGCUCCAGAAAAAGAUAUUCAAAUGAAACCAAUUUUAGAACAGUGUACUAUCUUACGACCAGAUUUAUUUGCGAUUUCGAAAAAGAACUUUUGAAAAUUGGGUAAGAAAUUAUUUUUUUAUUAUAGCUUUUAUAAUGUUGCUUAAAUCAGAGGUCUCCAACCUUUUUCUAUGGUGGGCCAAAUUUGAGAUACACUUUGGCAUUGCGGUCCA